AUGCGUCUUCUCUCCGGUUUGGGUCUCCUGCUGCUCAGCGCCAACCAAGCCUCGGCCGCCGUCGUCCGCUACGACUGGAACAUCACGACGCUCAACACGACCAUCUUCGACGGCGUGCGGGGCGCUCUGGGCUACGGCAUCAACAACGAGCCGUGCGACCAGCACCCGAUCUCGGUGACCUUCGGCGACGAGGUCGAGGUCCACGUGACCAACAAGCUCACGGAGCAGACGUGCAUCCACUGGCACGGGCUGCGGCAGUUCGGCACGCAGGAGAUGGACGGCGUCUCGGGCAUCACGCAGUGCCAAAUCCAGCCCAACGUGACGGCCGUCUACCGGUUCAAACCCGACAAGUGCGGCACCUUCUGGUACCACGGCCACGAGGAAGUGCAGUACGCCUACGGACUGCGCGGGCCCCUGAUCGUCCACUGCCCCGCCAAGCUGCGGCAGAGCUGGGAGAAGGACGUGUACAAGGAGUACACGGUGCUGCUCGCCGACUGGUAUCACGACCUGCCCGUGGGCGCCCCCAUUUGGGACACCGUGCUGAUUAACAACGUCGGCCGCUAUAACUGCACCGUGGCCGAAGCCAACGGCCUGGAGUGCGGCCCUGGCCGUCCGCUGCCUCGGUUCCAGUUCGUGCCCGGCAAGAAGUACUUGCUGCGUCUGAUCAACACGUCGGCCAUGGCUGCGUUCAAGGUGUCCAUCGACGGGCACACGUUCCAGGUGGUCGCCAGCGAUACCGACUACCUCAAGCCGUCCACGCUCGUCAACUCGGUGACCAUCAACGUGGCUCAGCGCUACGACAUCCUGGUGACGGCCAAGUCCUCCGCGUCCCAAGGCCAGAGCCAAGUCGGCCAGAAGAAGACGGCGGCGCUCGGCUCCUUCUGGCUGCGCGUGGACUCGCAGUUCGGCGUCCCAUGGACGGCGCGCGAGGCCGACCAAGUGCCCGAGGGCUUUAACCCCAACGCCCUCGCCAUCAUCGACUAUCAGAGCGGAGCGACUGCGGACCCGACGACGUCCAGGUGGGCGACGGAGGUGUCGAUCCACGAGUUCGACUACACCCCGGUGGUGCCUGUGAAGCUCCCGACUAAGCCCGACCAGCGCAUCGUCGUGGAGUUCACGCUCGGCGUCCUCCCUCCCAACCCGGCGGCCUUCCGUGGCUACAUUUCACUCGACGGCGGCGACUUCAGCACGCUCGAGAUCCCUCCCAAGCCGCCUCUCUUCACGAUCGCUGCAGGCGCCAAGACUGAGGACCUCCCCACCACCGCCAACGCCAUCAAGCUCAAGCACAACGACCACGUCGAGGUCGUCGUGGUGAACGAGACGCCCGACCAGCAUCCGUUCCACCUGCACGCGCACUCGCCCUGGAUCGUCGGCAGCGGCCGCGCUUCGCGUGACGCGAUCAUCGCCGGCAACUUGACGGCUUUGAGACUCGACGACCCCAUGCAGCACGACGUCUUCACGGUGCCCGAGUGCUCGACCGACGCGGACGGCGCGUGCACGGACCUGGGCUACGUCGUGUUCCGCAUGAAGGCCGACAACCCGGGCGUCUGGAUCAUGCACUGCCACAUUGACUGGCACUUCGUGCUGGGCCUGGGCAUGCUGUUCGUCGAGGCCGAGGAGGUGCUCCACGACGAAGGUCUUGCCGCCUUCUCGCCCAACAUGCUGCUCAGCGUGUGCAGUGGCAACUUCACCCUGUAA